AAAGUUGUUUUGGGAAAUGAUGAAUCUGAUGAUCUUUCAUCUUUGAGUCUUUGACAACAACACAGACAACAAACAAUAGAUCGAUUCAAAGCACGAAGAAAAGGUUGGAAAGCACAGGAAGAAGCCCUUUAGAAAACCGUAAUUGUAUCCGUGGACGUUUAAACAACGACAUAAUCCUAGAAGGGCGACCGACCAACUUAUAUUUGGCGUGAUCUUAUCCCCGCAGUGCGCAACGUGUUGACAGUCUGAUGAGGCAUCCCAUUCUUAUUUUUUCGUAUCCACGCGAAGAAAUCGUCCGUGAUCUCAGUUUUCCACAUGGUUCUAAAUAGCGCAAUCGAUUCAAAAGAAGAGGGGGCAGAAAUCCCGAAAAGAAAGGGAAUGGAAACCAUGAAGGAUAAGCCGGAAGAGAGCCCAAGUUUGAGUUCAAAAACCUCAGGUGCCUUUCCAGAAGGGGAAUUUCCACCACAAAACAUUGUGAUGUGGAUGAUGGUAUCGGUUGCUGUUGGUCUGUUAACCAUAUACACCAUGGUCAACUGGAUUUCUAAUAAACUUGCAGAAGAAGCUAAAGCAGUGAAGAAAACAGACAAACAAAUCGAGGAACUACAAGAAACAUCAUUGGAGAACAUCAGUGAAAUAGAGAGCAAGCACGACACCUUAACUCAUAAUAAAAAUAUUUUGUGUCACAGAAACUUGUCUACUCCAGAAAAAGUUGCAUUAAUCACCGAGAAGUCUCCUGACAACAUUUCACUUAAAGAUGAUACGUUUCUCAAUUGUGAUGAAAACCUUCAUCAAUGUGACUCUCCCAAGCAACCUUUGUUGAUGAGCGAAACAUGUGAAGCUGACAAAAUGGGAAGUAACAAUUUGGCUGAAAAACCAGAUGAAGAUAAACACCCAAUUUUUGAUGCUGUAGAAUGUCAAAAAUGCCUGAAUAUUGACGAAAUGAAAUCCGUCCAUAUGGAACAGGCUCUUGAGGAGAUGAAGGACUUUGUGCAAGGAAACAGAACUGCAGGUGAAUGUCUGGUUGAUGUAGAUGUUAAAUCAAGAGAAUGUGCUAUACAUCAAAGUAAUGAUCAAACUACCUCAGUUCAUGUGGGACCAGAGUUUUCUGGUAACCUUAACUUUUGUUCAGAAGAAUCAGAACUGAGACUUGCAAUCCAGUCUACCGAUGUCACAAACUCAUAUGGCCAAAGUAAGGCCACAAUCGACAUUGACAACUCUGACAUUGACACCAACCCACAAGUAACAAUCAACUAUUCACAAAACAAGAGUUCAAUGUGCACUGAUAAAAUACCCAAUACCAGUGUAGGAAUCAUCUGUUCAGAAAAACCCUUCACAAACUUUGACAGAUCACACAGCAUUGCAGCUGUUCAACAGUUGCCAUCCAACACGACUUGGUACGAAGGUACAGCAAAUCUACCACCAGCAUCAACUAUAAAAUGUGUCAAAACCGUUGUCAAGAGUUUAAGUUGUGAGGCAUCUGUGCCUCAUAGCGUGCCAACUGGAAGGGAAUUUUCGGAGAAUGAAGCAAACUUGUCUGAAUGCAGCAUGCAAAAAGAAAACUGUCAGGCAACAUUUUAUACAACAUCAGCUUCGGUUUCGAAAGAUAGCUCAAAUUCUAAUUGUAUGAAGGUUGAGAAUGAGGGUGACCGUAGUUCACCACCAAGUGUUUCUGCACAAAAUAUUGGUACAUCGGACACCAAAACGAUAUCUGAUUCCUUGAACUACUUGACGAACUAUCAUACACCUCAAGAGCCGACUGACGGUUCAGUCUUGUCAAAAGAGACAAGUUCCGAAGAUCUGUUCAUGUUCCAACAAGAUAACGGGAUAGAAACGCCAAAUGAAAUCGCUGCUACGAACUGUCCCAAAGAUGAGGACGAUUUGGAAACGCGAAGAUCCAAAUAUCUGAGAUAUAUCCGAGAAGACCCGGUGCUUUCGAAGUCUCUGGAUUCCCAAAUAGAGAGCUUGAGAAAAGGAUGCAAGCUUCUGGAAAAGAAACCAUUGAAAAGUUCCCUGUCUUUGCCAAAAAAUGGUGGUUCCGAAGGAUCUCUUGUAGAUCAGAAAAAGAAAAAGUUUGUCCACUUUCCGCCAGAUAUACGCAACAUCCGCAAAGUUUUUAAGUAUCACAGUUUUGACGAGGGUUUCUAUGCCGACGACUCUCCGAAAUGUGACGAAAAACGAAGAACGCAAAGCUUCAACAAUUGACGGUUGCAAAAAGAAAGAAAUAUCAAUUCAUUUCAACAAGAAUGGGCGUUGUUAGUUAUAAAUAUCUGACCUAUCUUCAUUGUUUUCCAAAAGCGAUAAUAUAAAAAUAGUACUGAAUGAAAUCAGAUUCCUAUCAUGAAUUCAAUAUUUGAGAAUUGAGAGAAAAGAAAAAAGUUUAUGUCAAAUCCAAUUGAUUAUCAUCUUUCCAAAUAUUAUCAUAAUAAGAAAGAAAUAUACAAUUCAUUU